CGAAGUUCUAAAACCCUCUAAAUUAGUUCCGAGGCACGACAAAGGUUUUUGUAUUUUCAGUCAGAUUGCUAUUCAGCUCAAGGUGUUCGCGCUGUGGAUAAUUUAACCUAAAAUAUAAAAAACACAACGAUCAUUUAACAUCUUCUUUGUUUUUCUGCAAAGUCCCCUUCUGCCCAAGGAGAUUUCGGUGCAUUGAGUGGAGAGAGCAGUUUUGUGUUCAAAUAUCAGAUUCCAUGGAUAGAGAAAACGAAAUGCAGAAGCAACAACAGCAGACAACGUCCUUCACAGUAGAGCAGCUUGUUGCUCUGAACCCUUAUAACCCUGAUAUUCUUCCUGAUCUUGAAGCCUAUGUCCAAGAACAGGUAUUGUCUAACACAUACAGCCUGGAUGCCAAUCUCUGUCUCUUGCGGCUGUACCAGUUUGAACCAGCAAGGCUGAGUAUACAAAUUGUUGCACGGAUUUUGGUCAAGGCCCUCAUGGCAAUGCCAGCUCCUGAUUUCAACCUUUGCAUGUUCUUGAUUCCAGAAAGACUUCAAAUGAUGGAGCCUUUUCUCACUCUGAUUACCCUCUCUCACUACCUAGAGACUGCAAGGUUCCGAGAGUUCUGGGAUGAGGCUGCAAGGAAUCGUGAUAUAUUGGAAGUUGUUCCUGGAUUUGAGAAGGCUAUUCAGAAAUAUGCAAUUCAUGUGCUUUCCCUUACUUAUCAAAAAUUACCACGACAUGUACUUGCAGAGGCAAUCAAUAUCGAAGGUUUAUCACUAGACAAAUAUCUAGAGGUUCGAGUGAAUGAAGAUGGUUGGUCUUUAGAAAAAGGACAUGGGAAGGGGCAGCUUAUCGUUUUUCCGGCAAAUGAAUAUAAUCAUCCCGAGUUGAAGAAGAAUACAGCUGACAGUAUUCCUGUGGAACAUGUUGCUAGACUGUUCCCAAUUCUGACUUGAAGAUGUCUGCCCUCCAAACUUUGCAGUUGAAGAUCACAUUAUGUAGGAUUUGCAUGUUAUCUAUUUUGGGUUUUCUUAUGGUCCUGUCAUGAAAGCAGUGAAUGCUUUUGGAGAAGUUUCUAUGUUUUCAUAAAUGAAUUUUGACGGUUAACAGACAUUAAUCAACACCUAGUAUUAUCAAUGCGAAGUGUUUCCAAGGCAUUUUAGUCAUCGACGAAGCUAGAAUUUGACUGAAUAUCUGUGAGUUCAACGGCAUUGCGUUUGCUGAAAUGUAGCCAUAAGAGAUCUUAUCAUCUUUGCUUUAGGGGCACAUGAUAAUUACCAAUAUCUAAAUGUUCUUUUCUAGAAUUUGACUGAAAUGUCUUAGAGGUCAACAAUAAUGCACUACUGAAAUACAGCGGUAUGAUAUCUUUGCUUAGAAGCAUUUGAUAAAUGUCAAGAUCUAAAUAUUUCUUUCUCUCA